GUCAUAUGAUUUUUGUUCGGAACUCUAUUUUCACUUCAGCAUAUACGAUGUAGUAAAAACCCACCAGAAAAGUAUUAUGUCGAGUGGUGGCAGUAACGUUGAAGAAUCGACAGAAUAUUCUAAAUACGGAAUCAGGGAUGCCCCUAAAACAGCGAUCGUCACCCCUCUUGGCCAGACUAGGACAUGCGCCAAGUUGAAUGCCAAGGAGGCUGUGUUUUUGGUUGUAAGCAUUGUGAACAUCCUGACAGCACUAGGGCUGACUCUGUAUCGCUUCAUCACUGUUAUCAAGGAAGGCAAAUCGGAUAGCUCCGAUUUCACCUUUGCUCUGAUUCUUAUCAUCAAUGGAGCGUUCUGUAUAUUUUACGUUCUGCAUGGUCUGCUGCGAGAGAAGAAAUACGAGUUGUAUGUCCUAAUUCUGGCUGUACUGGUGGUACUGGUGUAUUGUGUGGUGGAGUACAUUGUCAAUGUCAGAGGCAGGAGUACAUUGAAACUGGUGAGGUUGAUCCUGGCUGUUGUGUUGGCCCCCCCGAACGUAAUCCUAGCAUGGUCUGUAGCCAGCCAUUUUGGUUAUCUUACGUUUCGAAUUGUCGGGGCAUCGGAAUACUUACAGCACUUGUUUAAGCAGGCAUCGAUCUUUUCCUCUCUGUUGAAGUUUGAUGUUCAAGUGACAGCAAGUUUUGUUGUGCUUGUACUGAAGGAUGGCACGGAGCUGAAUGACUUCCAGAUUGUCGCGUUAUCUGUGGGUCUGCCGUACUCUGUUCUGUGGAACAUCUAUGGUUGGAUCACUUUAAGGAGAGAAUGGAAGACAUCAGCCUGGAUUUUUGCCUUCCUGGGUCUGGCCAAGCCGUCAUACUACAUCUACCAGAUCAUCAGGGAAUUCAACAGACUUAAUGAAGAUGCCAAAAUUGAUGAAAUCAUCGUCUACUCUUCACUGGUGGCAGGAACCCUGGCCCUGCUGAUUUGGCUCAUCAUUAUGAUAGAACUGGUAACUGUGUACAGAAAUUUUGGCAAAGGAUUAAGGGAGAGAGCCUUUGAUGUUUUAGCCUCGGAAAACACAAGUUUGAUCACAGGCCGACGUGUACAUCGCUGAGACGCCACAUCUUCCUCCAUGUUCAACAGUCAGUCAAUCGUACAAUGGAGAAGUUUGCUAGUACACAAAGAAAAGCAUAAUGGCCCAUCAAUGGGACUAGUAUAUAUUUAUACACUGUACUUUUAGGUUUCUUUUAAAAUAGCUUUGUAUUCAUCUUGUGGUUUUAAGUCAUAUUUAUUUUUGACAUUUGAAGUCAUGUACAUAUUAAAAUUUUUAGUUUUUGAUACAUGUGUAUGUGAUAGUUCCCAGUCAGUUCUGAAACUGUGUUGUAUAAAGCAGACCCAUGAUAUCCACGUUGUGUUGGAUUAAUGAUGUAAAAUAUUCAUAUCAAUAUACAACAAUUGCCAUUGUUAUUGGUCGAAAGACAGGGUUGGUUGCAUAUCAAAAUGUGCAUCAACAUUACUUGCUGAAACAAAACACUCAGAUGAUAUUUUAGACAAUAGAUUGUUUCUUAGAUUGUGUUCAUAUUUUUAUCAAAAAUUUAUAAUCAAAGAACCCAGGUCCCAGUUUUAUGCAAUGUUUAAUUUAAACAAUAUUUAUAAUUAAAAUAUUCAAUGAAUUUUUGAGAUUGAGUAGCAGUCAUAACCUAUAUGAGCCCUCUCCCUAAUUUAAUGAGUAUCUUUUAAGCACCUCAUUUUAACCUACUAAAACACAAAAAUAUGUGCCAUAAUAAAGCAUAAUUUACCAAUUCAUUUUUAACCAUAUUCAGUUUUUGUGAAAACAUUUUUUACUUAGAAAAUGUGACAUUCACUGUGAGCAUACAAUGUUUUCAGCAUAUCAUAUAACCGCUGCAAAAGAUUGAAUUUGGUACAACUAUUUUUGUCCAUCAUGAUCAAUAUUCAUGCUUUUUUCAAAAAGGUACAUUUUGUUUUCUUGAUGAUGGCCAUUCAAAAUACUGUUUACGCAGAAUGUUCAAUUUAAAUCCAUGCAAUGCUAUAUUUUGUAAAGGAACUCGGAUGCAGCUCUGUUAAUUAAGAUGACAACACUAUAAACAUGGUAUUUUGCAGCCAUUUUCAGUAUUUUGACUGAAGAUGAAUAGUUUCGUGCACUUAGAGAAAGUUUAUAUUUAUACCAUAGUUCUAUCUUUCCAGAAUAUGUAUGUGAUAGUAAAGAGUUUGUGCACGCA